AUGCUAGUAUACCUCACCACGUUUGCAAGUUUGAGCACAGCCGGUGUCGCAGCUGUCCUGAACUGGCACCAAUCCACGACACCCACCUGCCGCUUUGCUUUGAAAUACUCGCAGGAAGAUAUCUUGUGGGAUCCCUCGGGGUUUGUCAGCGACUACUUUCCCUCCAGAUUAUGUUGUAUGCGCACGCAAUCGCUGGCUCCAAAGGCGCGGUUCCUAUCUCCUGCCAACCCAGGUGCUGCACCUGAUGUCGCACUGUCCAUCCUCAAGGCCAAACUGAACACCUGCUUGCGCUUCAACAACACUUAUCCGGGAUUCGGUGGCUUUCUACCGUGGUUUACGGCAGACAUCAGGGACCCGGCACCUACCAGCGAUUGGGUCAAUCGGGCUCCCGCUCUGGAUAAUGGGGAACUUGUUUGGGCCGUCUAUGCGGCGAUCCAGGCCCUAGAUAAUAACGGAACACCGGAAUAUCGAGCCCUAGCCCGCCAGUGGCAAGUGUGGAUGGACUACGUCAAGUCCACAGCUUCAAAGGUUUUCUAUGCGCGCAAAGGCCAAGUCUGUGCGGUGACUACAUUGACUAAUCAAUCCUGGCCGGUGGAUCAUCUUGAUCAAAAGUACGCUUGCGAAUCAGAUGACCGUCUUGAUGAUCCGUAUGAGGGUGAGCUUUUUACCUGGUGGCUUCAGUUAUUUGGAACGCUUCGCGAAGACCACAAACAGCGUCUGUGGGACGCCAAAAGGGCCAAGCUGGUGAGCUUUUGGUUCUCGAGCCAUGAACAAUGGAAAAUCCUUCAGAUGCCCUACUAUGAUGUCGACAUUAUUCGUCGCGUGUCUGACAACGCCGAACGGGUGCGGACCUGUAACUCAGUGGUGACAAACAAUCCAGGGAUGUUCGCCUCGGUAAAUAAUUCCACCAAUGUUACCAGUGGGGAGAUUAUGGGUUAUAUUUCAGACGCUGGAAUUCCAUCCAUCUCAAGUCAACCGGUUCGAAAUCUGGAUGUAAUCACACCCUAUAGCGUGUUUCCCGCCUUACUGUCUAAUCAAACAGUAGGAUUAGCCUGGCUGAGAAACAUGCUCGUAGGACAGAAAAUGCAAAACCCCUACGGCAGCACUGAGUCGACGCGCAUUGAUGGCACUUUGGUGUCUGCAUUAGUAACCUGGGACUCGAAAGUAACCACCAUGGUUGCGCUCCUUGGAGGAGUUGGUGAUCUUGUCCGACAAAAGAUGCAGGCAGAUGGUAUCGACCAAGACUUUCUUUUAAUUGCUGAUCGGGAGUACUCUGCAAUUUUCACGGAUCUGAAAGGGGAAACUGUGGAGUAUUGUCUCCCGCAGGCAAGGGUGCCGCAAGUUGGGCUUGUUGAUUUUGCAGGUUGCACUUAA